UUCUUUGGUUGCGCCCCCACCCCCCCUUUCUCUCUCUCUCUCUCUCCUCCCUUUCUUCUCUCUCUCUGACUGUCCACAAAUAUCGAGGUUUUCCUUUCUAAGUUCGUUUCAAGAGUUCAUAUGCUAACUCUAUGGCGUUGAGAUUUGUCACAUGGAGAUAGAUUAAGAUCGCCCUUUGCCAGUUAUCUGUUAGAUCAGAGAAGAACCAGAAUCUGGUUCGUGCUCGCAACAUGAUUAAAAUUGCUGCAGAAAGUGGCGCAAGGAUUGUUGUUUUACCUGAAAUGUGGAAUUGUCCGUACUCAAAAGAUUUCUUUGCCAAAUUCGCUGAGGACUUUGACAAUGAGGAUUCAUCCCCAACAAUUUCUUUGUUAUCCGAAGCUGCUUCUUGCCAUGGAAUCACGAUUAUUGGUGGGUCUCUGCCUGAAUGGAGUAAUGGUCGCUUGUAUAACACUAGUUGUGUGUUUGGACCUGAUGGAAAGCUGAGCGCAAAGCAUAGGAAAAUACAUUUGUUUGAUGUUGACAUUCCGGGAGAUAUAACAUUCAAGGAAUCUGACAUCUUCACUGGAGGAGAUAAGCCUACCAUCGUGGACACAGAUGCUGGUUGUGUUGGAGUAGGAAUUUGUCAUGAUAUACGCUUCCCCGAACUUGCUAUGCUAUAUGCAGCAAAAGGUGCUCAUAUUAUAUGCUAUCCUGGGGCAUUUAACAUUAGCACUGGGGAAUUGUUGUGGGAACUGAUGCAAAGAAGCAGGGCAGCAGAUAACCAGUUAUUUGUAGCUACUUGCUCACCCUCCCGAGAUUCUUGUGGUGGCUAUGCAAUAUGGGGCCACUCUACCCUUGUUGGACCGUCUGGUGAGAUAAUUGCUACCACGGGGCAUGAAGAGAAUGUGAUAGUUGCUGAGAUUGAUUAUUCCAAGAUUAAACUCCAAAGGAAAAGCAUUCCACUUGACAAGCAAAAGCGGGGAGAUAUUUACCAGUUUGUUGAUGAAUGUGAAGAAGAAAAGCAUCAGAAUUCAGAAUAACGAGCUUAUGACGAGGAGAUCCGCUCGCAAUAUCAAUAGCAUUCCUUUGUAAAACUUCCUACUUGGAUUUAACGCUCACGAUAAUUACUCGUGUAAUGUUUCUGAAACGUGGGUCCUCAUUCACGUUCCUUUGUACUACUUGCCUUGAAGCAUUCGUGCAAGCAAGCAGUCGUCAUCUCAUUACGGGUAUCAUUUGAAUCAACUUAAUUUGUAUGAAAUAAGUUAUUUUGUAAGAAAAAUUUUUGUCAAA